AUGAACAAAUCCCAGGGAUCGGUUUCCUUCACGGAUGUGACUGUAGACUUUACCCAGGAAGAAUGGGAGCAACUGGACCCCUCUCAGAGGAUCCUGUACAUGGAUGUGAUGCUGGAGAAUUAUAGCAACUUACUUUCAGUGGAAGUGUGGAAGGCUGAUGACCAGAUGGAAAGGGACCUCAGAAACCCAGACAAGCAGGCGAGGCAAUUUCGAAUCCUCAGGAACCAAACCCCGGUGGAGGAAAGAGGUAAUCUCUUUGAAAAAACAAUUAAUCUGAGCACAGACUUUGUUUCUUUAAGACAAUUACCCUAUAAAUAUGACUUAUAUGAAAAAACAUUGAAAUGUAACGUAGACUUAUUAAAUAGCAAUGGAAGCUAUGCAAGAAAGAAAGCUGAGGAGUGCAGUGGAUUUGGAAAAACGCACCUCUACCUGAAGCAGGAGAAAACCCACCCUGGCCUGGAAUACCCUGAAUAUAAUAAAAGUGGCAAAGCACUCAGCCACAAAGAAACAAUUUUUAAGCAUCAGAAAAUCAAAAAUUUGGUUCAACCUUUUACUUGUAAUUACUGUGACAAGGCCUUCUCUUUUAAAUCGCUCCUCAUUAGUCACAAGAGAAUCCAUACUGGAGAAAAACCCUAUGAAUGUAAUGUAUGUAAGAAAACCUUCUCCCACAAGGCAAACCUCAUUAAACAUCAGAGAAUCCAUACUGGGGAGAAACCCUUUGAAUGUCCUGAAUGUGGAAAAGCUUUCACCCACCAGUCCAACCUCAUUGUGCACCAGCGGGCACAUAUGGAGAAGAAACCAUAUGAGUGUAGUGACUGUGGAAAAACAUUUGCACAGAAGUUUGAACUCACCACUCAUCAAAGAAUCCAUACUGGUGAACGGCCCUAUGAGUGUAAUGAAUGUGCGAAAACCUUCUUCAAAAAGUCAAACCUCAUCAUACAUCAGAAAAUCCACACGGGAGAGAAACGCUAUGAGUGCAGUGAGUGUGGGAAAUCCUUCAUCCAGAACUCCCAGCUCAUCAUACACAUGAGGACUCACACGGGAGAGAAGCCCUAUGAAUGUACUGAAUGCGGCAAAACUUUCAGCCAGAGGUCAACCCUUAGGUUACAUUUGCGCAUUCAUACAGGAGAGAAACCAUAUGAGUGUUCUGAAUGUGGGAAAGCCUUCAGCAGGAAGUCACGACUCAGUGUCCAUCAGAGAGUUCAUAUAGUGGACAAACCUUGA